AUGGUGCUUCAUCUUAAUGAUCUCACCAUAUGGCAUCGUCUCGCUAAUUGCAACUUUUUGAAAGAGUUGAAUAUAAAGAUUCCCUCGUUGAGUGACUGGAAGUUUACCAAGGAGAGAACACUAAAUGGGCAUAUUUCUCCUACCUAUAGGAACAGAGAUCUGAUGUGUUGGAAUGAGAAGACAGCUUUCAUUUUCUGUGUUGAAGACAGAGCACUCUUUUGCAAGGGUUGUGAUGAGCGUAUCCAUUUGGCCAAUAGCCUUGCUGCAAAUCACCAGCGAUUUUUAGCCACCGGAAUUCGAGUAGCUUUGAGCUCUAGUUGCAAUAAGGACACAAUGAAAGAAAAUUUGGAGCCAAAGCCACCCAAGCAGAAUUCACAACAGAUUACCACGAGAAUACCCGCACAGCAUGUAACUGGUAUCACAUCACCAUCUUGGCCUGUUGAUGAGUUACUACAGUUUUCAGAUUAUGAAUCCUCCAGUAAGAAGGAUCAACUUGAGUUUGGUGAGCUUGAGUGGUUUUCAGAUAUUGGUCUGUUUGGCGAACAACUAUCGCCAAAGGCUUUAGCAGCGGAAGUACCUCAGCUACCCGUGUCUCAGCCAAGUAACUUGGGUUCUUAUAGGCCAGCCAAAUUCUACAUGCCUCACAAGAAACCUAGAAUUGAAAUUCUAGACGACAACGAGGAGGGAUACUUCACGGUUCCUGAUCUUGGAUGAAUCUACUGUCACAAACUCAAUGCAAUAUGUUGAAGCACAAUCAGAUCAUGCACCAGUUCUUCAUAGAUAUACUUGUCUAUUAGUUGAAUGUUUUAGAAGUUGUGUUUUGCUUUUACCUUCGUCUCUCCUGUUUGUGUUGCAAGAAUUAUUGAUUUUAAAUUACUUUAUAUUGGAAUUAAAUUUGGCUGAAUGAGUCCAGAUAUUAAUCGAGUAUCAAGCACAA